AUGCCUUUGAUCUCCGAACUUUUUCCACCUGUACAGCCUCAUACUAAUGUGAACGGUUCAUCUUCCGCAUUCAAACCCUACGGCAACGCAACUCCGCCUAUUCCUCCAUCUUUUUCUGGAAGCAGUGUAGCUCCUCCUAUUCCCCCGUCGUUUCCAGGAAGAACUCCCAUAUUCCCUCCUGCUCCCCAAAAUCUUGAUCAUGUCUCAUAUAAGAAUAUGAGAACUACGGUAAUUGCACCACAUGCAGCUCAUUCUAAUUGGGCUGCUGGCUCAAGCCCAGCUUACCCGUCAGACAUAGUUGAUCUUAUGGCAGAGAGGAAUAUACUUCAAGAGGGAUUUGAUGAUAUCGAAUACACGCUUCCACACAAUAUGGCUAAUAACACGGCACGAGUGGAUCCGAGGUACGAAUCAUGUACAGAAGUUUUCUUGGAAAGAUAUUUUUGUUUUCCUUUUUUGUUUGUCAUAGAUCAUUUACAGAUAUGCAUUAUUAUUCUUAGUUUAAAUGUACUAGCAAAUUAAAG